AUGUUUAACUACGAACGUCCAAAACACUUCAUUCAAACCCAAAACCCAUGUGGCUCCAGACUGCAACCUCCUGGACCGGAAACCUCCAGCUACUCUAGUCAGACCAAACAGUCUUCCAUUAUCAUCCAGCCCCGCCAAUGCACAGAGCAAAGAUUUUCUGCCUCUUCAACAGUGAGCUCUCACAUCACCAUGUCUUCCUCUGCUUUCCCUGCUUCUCCCCAGCAGCAUGCUGCCUCCAACCCAGGCCAAAGGGUUACAGCCACCUAUAACCAGUCCCCAGCCAGCUUCCUCAGCUCCAUAUUACCAUCACAGUCUGAUUAUAGUAGCAGUAAAAUUCCUUCCAAUGUGGACACCAACUAUCAACAACCCUCAGUUGGCCAACCUCUAAGUGCUACACCAUCCCAAAAUGCAAAUGCUAAUAAACCCACACCAAGGACUCCUGACCAUGAAAUACAAGGAUCAAAAGAAGCUCUGAUUCAAGAUUUGGAGAGAAAGCUAAAAUGCAAGGACAGCCUUCUUCAUAAUGGAAAUCAACGGCUAACAUAUGAGGAGAAGAUGGCUCGCAGAUUGCUAGGACCACAGAAUGCAGCUGCUGUGUUUCAAGCUCAAAAUGACAGUGAGGCACAAGAUUCACCACAGCACAACUCAGAACACGCACGACUGCAAGUUCCUACAUCACAAGUAAGAAGCAGAUCAUCCUCAAGGGGAGAUGUGAAUGAUCAGGAUGCAAUCCAGGAGAAAUUUUACCCACCUCGUUUCAUUCAAGUGCCAGAGAACAUGUCAAUUGAAGAAGGAAGAUUCUGCAGAAUGGACUUCAAAGUCAGCGGACUGCCAGCUCCUGAUGUGUCAUGGUAUCUGAAUGGAAGACCAGUUCAAUCAGAUGACUUGCACAAAAUGAUAGUGUCUGAAAAGGGUUUUCAUUCACUCAUCUUUGAAGUGGUCAGAGCUUCAGAUGCAGGGGCCUAUGCAUGUGUUGCCAAGAACAGAGCAGGAGAAGCCACCUUUACUGUGCAGCUGGAUGUCCUGGCAAAAGAACAUAGAAGAGCACCAAUGUUUAUCUACAAACCACAAAGCAAAAAAGUUUUUGAGGGAGACUCAGUGAAGCUAGAAUGCCAAAUCUCAGCUGUACCUCCACCAAAGAUUUUCUGGAAAAGAAAUAAUGAAAUGGUACAAUUCAACACUGAUCGAAUAAGUUUAUAUCAUGAUAACUCUGGUAGAGUCACUUUACUGAUAAAAGAUGUAAACAAGAAAGAUGCUGGGUGGUAUACUGUGUCUGCAGUUAAUGAAGCUGGAGUGACCACAUGUAACACAAGAUUAGAUGUUACAGUCCAUCAAAGGCAAACUCUUCCGGCUCCUAAGCAGUUACGUGUUCGACCAACUUUCAGCAAAUAUUUAGCACUUAACGGUAAAGGUUUGGAUGUGAAACAAGCUUUUAACCCUGAAGGAGAAUUUCAGCGUCUGGCAGCUCAAUCUGGACUCUAUGAAAGUGAAGAACUUUAA